GCGGGGCCUGCGGGCGGAUUAUGUCAGCCCCGCGGCAGCCGCAGCCCCGAGCUGGGAGCGGCGCGAGCAGGCUGCCGCCGGCCGCGGCCAUGGCUCUGCCCCGGGGGCUCGGCCUCCUCCUGCUCCUGGCGCUGGGGGGCCCCGGCGCCGCCAUCACCAUCCCCCCGGAGUACGGUGCACACGAGCUCCUGCAGCCCCCCGAGCUGCGGGAGCAGCCCCCCGAGCAGCUCGUCGUCUUCCCCAGCGACGACGUCGUCCUCAAGUGCGCCGCCAGCGGCAACCCCCCCCCGCAGUACCGCUGGACGCGGGAGGACGAGCCCUUCGUGCCGGGGAGUGACCCCGGGGUGACGACGGCCCCGGGCUCGGGGACCCUGGUCAUCAACGCCAGCCUGGCCGGGCGCCUGCAGGGCCGCUACCGCUGCUACGCCGCCAACGCCCUGGGCACCGCCGUGUCCCCCGAGGCGCGCGUCAUCGCCGAGAACACGCCGCAGUGGCCCAAGGAGAAGGUGACGCCGGUGGAGGUGGAGGAGGGCGACGCGGUGGUGCUGCCCUGCGACCCCCCGAGAGCGCCGUGCCCCCCAAGAUCUACUGGCUCAACAGCCGCAUCAUGCACAUCGCGCAGGACCAGCGGGUGAGCAUGGGCCAGGACGGCUACCUGUACUUCGCCAACGCGCUGGCCGCCGACUCGCACCCCGACUACAUCUGCCACGCGCACUACCUGGGCCCCCGCACCAUCAUCCAGA